UGGGUGUGAAUUUAUGGUAUGACCGACAUUUCCUGUAGUGGCAAUCUUUCUGGCGCAUUUCUUCUCAGCCAAUCACUGCUCAGCAAACAGAGAUUGAGACAGACACACACCCAUUGUUAAGCCACAGCAUGUGAGUGAGAGAGAAGAAGAAAAGAGGCGCAGAAGAAUUCCAGACUCUUCCAAGUUUUCAGGGAAUGAAAGAGUAAACCUGCACUUAAUAGACAAUCACCUUACCUAGGAGAAUAGGAGACAGAGACACACAAAAGCCACAAGUAAGGGAAAGCAGUUAGACAAAAGGGAAAGGCAGCAAAUAGUUUGUGAGGCAGGGUAAGUGUUAGAGCAGAAGUGGAGGAUGGAUGGUUGGUUGAAGGAGGUGCAGCGUCGACCCCUCCUCUGUGUAUUCUGCAGUUCACUGGCCUUCAGACUACUCCAUGCAUUGCUGAAGUUUCUGCCCAGACCCCACGUUGUUAACUAUGAUCAAUGGAAGAGCUAUAAAUGGAAGAAUCUCUCUGUGUCACUCGUCCACUCACUCCUGACCGGCACCUGGGCAGUUUCCUGUGUUUUUCAGUACCCCGUGAUGGUGUAUGAUCUGCACUCGUCCUUCACUCCUGUCUCAUAUCUGCUUGUCAUCAUCUCAACAGGGUAUUUUAUCCAGGAUGCCGGAGACAUCAUUUUUAGUGGGUAUGCACGAGAAUCAUGGGAGUUUCUGCUUCAUCAUGCUAUGGUGAUAUGGACGUUCUUGUACGCUGUUCUCACGAGGCAAUAUGUGGCUGGUGCUGUGGUAGCUCUGUUUGUCGAAGUAAACAGUGUAUUUCUGCAUGCACGUCUCAUGCUCAAAAUAGCUGGAGUGACCAAAGACUCUGUCCUCUACACCAUUAACAAGUUUAUCAAUGUCACAACAUACAUCAGCUUUCGCCUGGGAGCGCAGUUCUACCUGACAUGGUACAUUCUGGUAAACUACUCUUGGUUGGACCAUGCUGGGUAUUUUCUGACAUCUAUGAUGCUCAUGAACAUCAUGAUCCUCAUUUAUUUCUAUCGUCUGCUGCGAACAGAUUUCUUCUCCAAGCACAGCCAAUCAAACGGCGUCCGCAAAUUUGUCCAGGACUGAAACACUACAUAAUAUUCAGCAUAUUGAACAUUCAUCUGUUAAAACAAGAACCUCUGAGUUUCAUGCUGGAGUCUGGUUUAACAAUACUUUCUGGUUAUACUUAAAGACCUCACAGACAUAUCAGAUCAACCCCAUGUAUUUGCUUUUUACAUGCAGUGCAUGUUUUCAUUUUAAUUAUUUUGAUCAUGAGCUGAGUUUACUGUUUGAUUUUGAUCUCCGUAUGUCUGUGGGGGUCUUCUGGGUUCCAUUGCUGGUAUGUGGAUUGGCUAUGCUAAAUUGACCCUAGGUGCCUAGGUGUGCACAUGCAGGAUGCCUGGCUGCAAAUUAUCAUCCCAUCAGGGUGAUUCCCGGCUCAUGCCCAGUGGAGUCCCUAACCAGGAUACUCUACUUUCUGAAGAAGACUGAAUGAGAAGUACAUUCUCUUAAAUGCAAUAAGUGUGAAAUGACCUGAUUUGUCUUUAGAACACCCUAUAACAUGAAAAUACUCAUGUUGCAGAAUUUUUGCAUAAACAUUUUCCUUACAUAACUACAUGCAAAGUAGUAGAUCAAAUGCACCAAAGGGGUCAACUGAAUUGAGGUGAGAAUUAAAGUACAAGUUCCUAUCA